AUGUCCUCCCAGCAGAAGAUCGCCAUCGUCUCAGUCUAUGACAAGACCGGUCUUCUGGACCUGGCUAAGGGCCUUGUCCAGCAGAAUGUUCGAAUUCUCGCUUCCGGAGGCACCUCCAAGAUGAUCCGAGAGUCUGGAUUCCCUGUCGAGGACGUCUCUGCCAUCACCAAGGCCCCCGAGAUGCUUGCUGGUCGUGUCAAGACGCUUCACCCUGCCGUCCAUGCAGGUAUCCUGGCCCGUGAUCUCGCCUCCGACGAGAAGGACCUCGCCGAGCAGAACAUCAACAAGGUCGAUUAUGUCAUCUGCAACCUCUACCCCUUCAAGGAUACCGUCGCCAAGAUCAACGUCAGCAUCCCUGAGGCGGUUGAGGAGAUUGACAUAGGUGGUGUUACUCUUAUCCGUGCUGCCGCCAAGAACCACAAGCGCGUCACUAUCCUCAGCGACCCUAACGACUACGCUGGUUUCCUCAAGGAGCUCGAGAAGGGCGAGAUCACUGAGGCCAGCCGUAACCGCUAUGCUCUCAAGGCUUUCGAGCAUACUGCCGACUACGAUGCUGCUAUCUCCCAGUUCUUCCGCAAGGAGUACGCCGGCAACGGCGAACAAUACACUGCCCUUCGAUAUGGCGCCAACCCUCACCAGAAGCCUGCCGCCGCCUAUGUUUCCGAGGGUAACCUGCCCUUCAAGGUCCUGUGCGGCUCGCCCGGCUACAUCAACCUCCUCGACUCCCUAAACGCCUGGCCUCUGGUCAAGGAGCUCAAGAAGGCUCUUGGCAAGCCUGCUGCUGCCAGCUUCAAGCACGUCUCUCCCGCUGGUGCUGCCAUCGGCCUGCCCCUUACCGAGGACGAGAAGAAGGUUUACUUUGUCCAUGACAUCGAGGGUAUUGAUGAGUCCAGCCUCGCCCAGGCCUAUGCUCGUGCUCGAGGAGCCGAUCGUAUGAGCAGCUUCGGCGAUAUGAUCGCCCUCAGCGAUGUAGUUGACGUUCCUACUGCCCGCAUCAUCUCCAAGGAGGUCUCUGAUGGUGUUAUUGCUCCUGGCUACGAAGAUGCCGCUCUUGAGAUCCUCAAGAAGAAGAAGGGAGGCCGAUAUCUCGUUCUUCAAAUCGACCCCGAAUACAACCCCCCUGCUACCGAGACCCGCACCGUCUACGGCAUUAACCUCCAGCAGCACCGCAACGAUGUCGAGAUCACCCCCAAGCACUUCACCACAAUUAUCACCCCGAAGGACACUGCUUCUCUCCCAGAGAGCGCCGCUCGCGAUCUGACCAUUGCCACCAUUACUCUUAAGUACACUCAAAGCAACUCCGUGUGCUACGCAUACAAUGGCCAGGUUGUUGGUCUCGGUGCUGGCCAACAGUCCCGAAUUCAUUGCACUCGACUCGCCGGUGACAAGGCCGACAACUGGUGGAUGCGAUUCCAUGAGCGUGUUCUCGGCAUCAAGUGGAAGAAGGGUACCAAGCGACCCGACAAGAGUAACGCCAUCGACCUGCUCGUCAGUGGCCAGCUCCCCAAGGACGGUCCUGAGCGCGAAGCGUUUGAGGGUGUCUUCGAGGAGGUCCCAGCUGCCUUCACCCCUGAGGAACGUGAGGCUUGGAUGAAGCAGCUUAAGGAUGUUUGCGUUUCCAGCGACGCUUUCUUCCCCUUCAUUGACAACGUCUUCCGCGUUGCUCAGUCAGGGGCCAAGUAUGUUGCCGCUCCGGGUGGUAGCCAAAACGAUGCCGCCGUAUUCGAUACCGCUGAGAAGCUGGGCAUUACCUUUGUUGAGCAGAACAUUCGUCUGUUCCACCACUAA